UUUUGCCAACAACAAGUUGGUUUACGGUCCGGGGGAGUCCAUUAGCGGAACUGUGAAAAUCCGAACCGGCAGCCCUCUGCAGUACAAAGUUUCCACAUCCAGCUGCUGCAGCUGGGGUUUUACCAGAUGACCCCGUCCUGACCUUUUCGCGGCCUGAGCUCUUCUCUCCCCACUGCCGACGGCUGUAAACAGCAACUGACUGCCGUCGGCGCGCGUCGAGCUUCAGGAGCGGACCUCAGCUAGCGGCUUCGUUCUCGUCCUUCUUGUGGCCGUAGACGCUGCCAGCAGCCGGGCCGGUGCCAACGGCUCGGCCAUCUGCCGUUUGGGUCCAUCAAGGUGAACUGUCUGGGCUCAUGCGGCAUCUCCAACAAAAUGAACGACUCCUCCUGGAGUCUGGAGGAGCACUACCUGAACAGCAUGCUGUCUGUGGCCGAUAAAGGAACCCUGGCUCCAGGCGAACACAGCUUCUCCUUUCAGUUCGUCCUUCCAGUCGCCAUACCCACGUCGUUCGAAGGACCGUUUGGGAAAGUCGCUUAUCGCGUGAGAACCACCAUCGACACGCCGCGCUUCUCCAAGGACUACAAAGCCCAGCGGCUCUUCUACGUCCUCAACAUGUUCAACCUCAACGAGGUCCCCGACAUCGAUCAGCAGAGCUGCGCCGUGACGACGAAGAAGUUCAGCUACCUGCUGGUGAGGACGGGGACGCUGAUGCUGAAGACCCGCAGCGACCUGCGGGGCUACGUCCCCGGCCAGGUCAUCAAACUCUCCACGGAGAUCCACAACAAGUCCGGCAAGGACACCGGAUACGUCCUGGCCAGCCUGGUGCAGAAAGUGACGUAUCGGACCAAGCGGCCGGUCUUCGACCUGCGGACCAUCGCGGAGGUGGAGGGAGCCGGAGUGAAGGCCGGAAAACACGCCGAGUGGAGGGAGCAGAUCAUCGUCCCUCCUCUUCCUCAGUCAGCGCUUUCCUGCUGCCGCCUUAUUGACAUCGAUUAUUUCGUUCAGGUGUCUCUAAAGUCUCCAGAAGCGGUCGUCGUCCUGCCCAUCUUCAUCGGGAACAUCCCAGUGAAUCUGUCCCCCGCCGGCUCCAUCCCCACCAGUCCCAGUCCCAACUCCUCACUGGCUCCCAGUGCCAGCGGAGUGACGCCCAGCGCCCCGCCAGUGGAGGACGAUCCGGAUGGCGAGCUGGGCGCCGGAGGCUUCGCCAGCGAGGAGAUUCCCACUAAGAGCCACUCGCAGCAGGACCCGUCGGGGCCGCCGGUCACCAUGUCGCCCAGCGCCUUUAGCCACGUCCCCGGCGCCGCGCUGCCGCCUGGCUGGCGCCCCAACACCACGGCGCCGCUCUUCUGCCUGUCCACCGGAGCCACCAUACCGUUCUUCACAGAGGGCGACGUGAACCCAAUCCCCACAUCCUGCUCACUCAUCCUGCCACCGGAAUACAGCAGCUGUGAUUUUCCUCAAGAACCACCGCCGACGUACGAGGAGAGCUGCAGCAGCGUGAACUCUAGUUUUAACAGCGGAGAGUAGAAGAAGAAGCAGACAGUGAAGUGUCAUGGCCGCCGCCUGGCUGCUUUCCCCACCAUCCGGACACAAAAUCUCUGGAGGACGACUCCGCCCUGCAGACGGUCCGUUUGGGCUGAAAAAGGAUCGUUUCUUAUUUCUCUAAGAGUUUCGGUUUCCGCCUCGUCUCCCAGCCGGUUACAUCAAACCCAACAGGUGAACUUUGUGCCUAAAACGUAUUUUCUGAUCAAUAUUUAGGAUUUUCUGUGACGGGACCUGUUUCUUCUGGGAGGAGUGUGAAAUCAGUUUUUUAAUUUCUGCAAGUUGUUGCAUCUGUGAUGCCUUCAGAGUGACUGUAGCACCCGGACCUUUUGCUUUCGGACCUUUCCCUCUGGCCCUUUUCUACUGUCGCAACAAAUCUGAGCGUUGGGUGUACAUCAGGGUCGUGUAUUCGGCCCCCAGAUGUUUUGCUCAUCAACAAAGCAGCAGCGGUGUGUUUGUAAUCUGCUAGUCCCUCUGCUGCAUCUGGAACCUCAGAACCCAACCCAAACUCUUUCUGAAGGAUGUUUUAGUGAUUUCAUUUUAAAAGAAACUUUUCCAAGCUGUCAGAAUUUCUUGUCGUUUUUUUUAGGUCUGGAUAAGUUUGUCUGACUUUGUGAAUCCUUUGGUAUUUGGCUGCUUUUUCAAACUAUUUCUGCCUUCUUGCUCAGCAUAUUGCGAGUCGGUUGCUUAAAGAAAACGCCCGAUUGAUUGAUUGAUUGGUCCAAAUCAAUCGGCUUAGCAAAUAUUCUACUGGAAAAGUUUACAAACUGCUCUGUGUGACGGAAAAACAAUCAAUACAGCUAUUGAUCGAGACCAAUUAGAAAGAUAACAGGUUGGUUGGUUUAUUAGUUUAAUUGAGUAUUUUGCUCCAUACUGCCACCUUGUGUUGGUUUAUUUUUUAUUCAAAAGGAAAAAACAACAAUAUUGCCAGAGAAAAGUAAUCUGAGAAUUGAGUCAUGAUAUUAUAAGAAUAAAUAAUACAAUAAAAAGUUGUAAUGUGAAAAAACUCAGUGUUAUGAGACAAAGUUGUAAUAUAAAAGAAUAAAAAGUCUUAAUAAUAAACUCAUAUUUCCAGAAUAAAAAUGUUGCAAGAUGGAAAUAAACUCAUGGUUUGAGAACAGUCAUAAUAUUACAAGAAUAGUCGUCAUUAUGAGAAGUUGCAAUAGUACAAAAACAAACUCAUAUUACUAGAUAAAAUAUUAGCUAAUAUUAGUAGAAGGAAGUAGUAAUUUUAUGAUGACAGAUUAAAUAUCUAAUAUUAAAAUGUUAGAUACUUAUACUGGUUUUACAAAUUGGACAUAUUUUAUCUUAUAACCCAUCAACAUCAAAUUAUUACCAGCAGCAAGACUUUGAAACGACACAAACUAGACAAUCUUUUUUCCUCAUUAAAAAAACUUUUUCUCUUAAUUUUAAGACUUUCUUCUGGUAAAAUUGUGUCUUUGCUAAUAUGCUAACUUUUUUAUUAUAAUUUAAAAAAAUAAUAAUAAUCUUAGUCCAGCCCUAAAACUCCAUUUUAAUCUGUAAUAAUUUAGUUGAAAAUCCCACUGCGCCCCCUGGUGGUCAGUUCUGGUACAGGCUUCGCCUCAACUCGCGGUUUAAAUCUCCAGUUUUAAAUUUCCAGUCUCUUCUGUUGCUAAAAUGCAUCUUAAAACGAUUCUGAGGAUCUUUUCUGUUGCCUUAAUGUUCAUGUAGUCUGUAGACGACAACGUAAAUGUGCACAAAGCAGCACUUUCUGAAAUUUUGAGUGAGUGAGUGAGUGUGUGUGUGUGUGUGUGUGGGUGUGUGUGUGUGUGUGUGAGAGAGAAGUGUUUGGAUUUAAGAUAUAAAAACUAGAUGCCACACUGAUUCUUUUUUACUUAAUUUCUGUGUUAAGCAGUUUUUCCCUCAACACUUGAUUUUAUAAAUCUUUUAUCGCGUCAAUUAAUGUCUGUUUUUCUUUUGCACAUUAAAAAUAUUUUAUCUCGUGUGGCUCAGAAGAGGGAAAAGGAAGUGAACUGAUUGUUUAUUUGUGAUUUUUAGAGAAAAUCUCUUUAUUUAUGUUGAAUGUUGAUGUUUUUUACCACUUUGCUGUCAAUCUGGGCCCCUUCACACUCCUGAAACAUUAUGGAAAACUACAAAAAUUUGUUUUAAAGUGAAUUAAGUUUGGAUUUCCAUAAUAUUUGCAGUAUUCUGUUUAUAUUUUCAGACCUUUUGUGCUCAAUAGAUGUAUGGAAACCUAAAGGACCUGAUCAUGUUGAGGAGAACUUUCCUAAAUUUCCAAGUUUAUUGUCACGUUUUUUUGACUCAAGAAUAGAAAUGGAGCAACUAGUUUAUUUUUGUCAAAAUGGCAAAAAUAAACAUUCUUGAUUAAUAUUUUCAGAUACAACUAGCAGCUUUUUUGUUUGUAUUAUCCUGUUUAUUCCAGAAUUUGUGCUUAAAUAUCUAAACAUCUUAUGAAAAUUUAAAAUGUUUUUUUUUCAACAAAAAACUCAAGAUUCUAUUAUUGGGAGAUGAUAAAAUAAAACUGUUGCCUCAGGAAAAAUGAAUAAUGACUGAAUUAAACUGUUAUCACUUUAAAACAAACUUGACAUCUUAUUUUUUCAAGAUAAUGAUGUUGGAAAUUAUCAUGUCGCUAAAUUUGAUGUAUUUUAUUUAAUUCUUUAGUUCAACAUUGCAACAAAAAUUGGUUUAAGUUUCCUUGUCUUCAGAUGAAAAUCCUGAGGUUUUUUCAGUGAGACGCAGAUAAAGGAGCUGGACACAUAAGAUAAUGACAUAUUGCAACAAAGAAUAGGGUCAUUAACAUAAUGACCUCAUCAAAUUGUUGUAAUGUCGCAUCUUAAAAAUAACCGCUCGAUAAAAACGAGAUUACUGUCAUAGGAUUAUCUCUAAAUAAGGAAACAGUCGUAAUAAAUUAGAUUAUCGUCCUUGAACCUUGAAACAGUGAAACAACAAACCUUUUAUUUAUCAGUAUAUUAAGACAUAAGAAAUAAGAUUUCCCAGUUUUGGGGCUUUUAUUGGUUUAGAAACUCUGAUCUGAAGCACUAAAGUCACAUAAAACAUCCACAUUUAAAAGCAUUGAAAAUGUGAAGGAACCCUGUUAAAAUCGUUCGCUCUUCCCCUAAAUGUGAAAAUCUAAAGCACAACUACUGCUCUGAUUUAUUUUCUGAGUGUUUUCUCACUUUUUAAAGCAAUCAACUUCAGACGAAAUCAGCGGGUUUAGAUCUGUAAUAAUGUAAUUAUGUUAAAGUAUCGGUAAUAAUGUGACUGCAUGCCUUAAAACGUCUGGAUUUUACUCAACAUGAGCCAGUUCUGUUUGUUUUCUAACAAGGAAAUCUCUACUGGCCUGCACUCCAUGUAGCUCAUAACGCAACGAGACACUGGACCUUUAAUUUGUUUAUUCUGAUUUUAGAAAACAAAUGUGACAUCCUCUUAUUUACACAUGCGCUGCCUUUCAGACCUGCUUCUGUUUAUUUCAACAAAAGGUACUAUAGCUUUAUGAAAACCUGCUGUUUGUUUUUCUUUUUUACAUGUAAAUGAGUGGCGUCUAGUUUUGUAUUUUUCUACUUGUAAAUUGUUUACAGGUGCAUUUUGAAUAUACUGAGAAAAGCACCUUGACCAGUUCAUGUAACGUUUCCAGUUCAGAAUCAGGGUUGUACUGUACAAAAUAAUAAAAAUAAAAAUCACACGAUG